AUGUCGGAACUCCUCCAUGAGAUUCAAAAGAAGCUGGUCUUCCCUAUUGAUUUCGUCAGUCAACGCCAGGUGGAGAGAUUGGUAUACCGGAUAUUAUUUUUCGGAACAUCAGCGGCUUGUUUGAUUGGAUUUGUCACUCAAUCGAUGUUCAACUUAUUGACAUGUUUUGGCGUCAGCUUUACUCUGUGCCUGAUAGCUGUGCUUCCAAGCUAUCCCGCAUUCAACAAACAGCGUCCUGAAUGGGUUAAGCCAAGAAUUCGUGUUUAG